AUGGCGUCUAAGGUCGCCUUCCUUCUCGCCGUCGCCACGGUCGCGGCGGCGUUCGCCGUGUCGUCCGCGCAAACCAAGUUCGGCAAACUCGUCAUCACCGGCAUCGUUCCCUGCAACACCGGGACCCUCAUCGACGUCGCCACUUCUCCGGCGUUUCCAGACGCGAACGUGGAGCUGCAGUGCGGCGGCAACGUGGUGGCCGGCGCCAAGACUAGCAGCAACGGCUCGUUCGCGAUGGAAGCGGACAUGACCAACGCGCUGUCGGCUCUCGUCGGCGGCUGCGAGCUCGUGGUGGACACGCCGCUGGUCAAGUGCGACGGGAAGCUGCCGGCGGCGGGGGCGCUCGUGUCCUACCUGCAGGGACCGCUCGCCAGGCUGCUCAGCGGCGUCUUCCAGCUCGCCCCCGCCGGCUUCUCUUUCCAGAUGAGCUGA